CGCAAACCCCCACCCACCACCACUAUUGACUAGCCAACCAACUCACCUACCAACUAUUUAACCCGUGAUCGAACAGUGAGCACCACGCAUCACGGCCCAUCAUCUCAAUAAAAGACCUGCUGGAAAAAGCAAAACAAGAUUCAUCGACAUCUUCCCUCAACCCAAUGUCGUCUUCAUCUUCUUCCACGCCGCUUCUCUACGCAUGCGUCGCCCAUGGCACCACCAUCCUCUCUGAAUAUUCCCCUAGCGGAGCCGCAUCCACAAACGCCUCAUCUCUCGCCUCGCUCAUCCUCCCCAAAAUCACGCACACGAGCCCGCAGAAGCUCACCUACACCCACGGUCAGCAUAAUAUCCACUACAUCGCGACCGCCUCCUCGCAAUCCACCCCGUUCGGUCAGACUUUUCUGGUCAUCUCCGCAGCCCAUAUAGGGCGCAAACUACCUUUCGGCUACCUCCUCGAGAUACAGCGCCUCUUCACGAGCAAGUACCCCGCCAGUGCCGUCGCCGACGCCCCGCCCUACGGAUGUGCCGAGUUCAAUUCCACGCUCGGCGCCACCAUGCGCCAGUUCGAGGCCGGCGGCGAGAACGAGGACGUCGUGGCCAAGGCUCAGAGGGAAAUUGAGAGCGCACGUGGUAUUAUGACGGAGAAUAUCGAGAGGGUGCUGGAGAGGGGGGAGCGGAUCGAUUUACUUGUCGACAAGACUGCUGGAUUGCAGAGUGGGGCCAUGGAAUUUAGGGUUCGGAGUCGUGGGCUCAGGAGGAGGAUGUGGUGGAAGAAUACUAAGUUGAUGAUAUUGCUAGUAUUCGUAGUCAUCUUCUUGGUUUACUUGUUCGUCGGGAUGGGCUGUGGGCUUCCUGGCUGGUCUCGCUGUGUUGGCUAAACCAUCGGCGAAUCCCACAACUAUGGACGUCGGUACGGUCGAUCACACUUUUACCGUGGCUUUUAUUUCAAAUUCCUUUCCGUACUAGGGAUCUUUGGAUUUCUCCUCGCUUUUCCUAUUUCUCUUUUUUUACGCUUCUUGUUCUCUUGGGUUCCUCGGGGCAUUUUAUUCUUAACGAAACCCGUGUGUUACUACUAAACUACUGCACUCGACUGUACUGAGAUCAGCCACCAGAUGUCAGCUGACAGACAAGUCUUGGGCUUUCCUCUUAUUUUUCUCUUUUUUUUUCUCUCUCUUUUUCCUUCCGCUUUUCUUUUGUUCGCUAAACUCAUCUCUCACUUUUCGGCUUUAUUUUUUAUCCAUUUAUUUGUUGAUCGGACAAAUAACAAGGGUUUCAUUUCUUGUCUCGAUCCCUUGGCAUGAAAACGCUUUUGAUUCCGUACCGUGUUAUAUUUGUGUUGUGUUCCGUCAUAGGCUAUGUAAACUUACCGUUUGAGAGCUAUUUCUUUUGUGAACCGAGAUAAAUGACCAGCCCAACCUCCUAGCUGGAAUAAAAGAA